GGACGAGGAAGAGAGCAAAGGUAUUAAUGAGGGAUGAUCAAUUUGCCUCACGUCUCAAGGAGGCCAUGUCGCCUCUCGAAGUGACCAGCCUGCUUCGUAAGGAAAAUGAAGAGCUGUCGUUGGACGUACAGAGCAUGCUUCAUCGUCCUGAAUUGCUUGACGUCACAUUUGUCUGCAUGGAUGCCACAGAGGUGCGUGCGAAUAGAGCGUUCUUGGCCAGUAGGAACGAGUACUUCUCGACCCUGCUUUAUGGGGAUAUGAAAGAGAGUACGAUGGAGCGAAUCCCUCUUCCGGAUGUGAAGGCCGCGAGUCUGGAGGUUGUAAUCAGUUACCUGCAUGGAAGUCUGACCGGCCGCUUCAGCGGCGACAGUUGCUGGGAUGACCUCGUCGACACCUACCUGUUGGCGGAGCAGUAUCAGGUGAAUACCUUGCGCGAAAGGAUCGUACGCAUUGUCAUGGUGCAACGCAAUGCGAGGCACCUGGGAGCGCUGGUAAAUUUGGCACUGGAGAGGCAAGCAGAAGGGUUGCUGGAGGUUGCGCUAACGGCAAUGCGGGACGUUGUGGUGUUCGACUCAACAUCCUUCCAUGGGUGGAAGAAGGAGAGCAUCGCGUACUUCCUCGACGAAGUGCAAUGCCAACCGUACGUAACGGAAACACUGAUUGCAGUGGCAGUACUUUCAGCAUCAUUCGCUAACAAUAACGGGGUCAAACGUGAGAGUUCUCCCUCUCCUCGGGUGGAGGGUGAUGCUACAACUACUGCUGAACCGCCCAAGAAUGCAGCAUCUUCAGCUGUACCCAGUUGUUCAGAAAGAGAGAGGCACGAGGGUGAUGCUACUACGAUUGCCGAACCGCUCAAGAAUGCAGUGACGUCAGCUGGACCCAGUUGUUCAGAAAGAGAGAGACACCCCCAGGCCGAUGGGGAGCAAGCAAGUUCCUUAUCUAGGAAGGACUUGCAGGACAUCUUUGAAAGUCACUUCAACCUUCCGUUUAUCGAACCGUUCAUUGUGGAGAAGAUGAUCGAGCCCUUACAAAUCCUACGCGUAGAAACGCUCGCUGCGCUUUACAGACUGCAGUCCAUCUGGUUUGCGGGCGGAUUCGGAGGAACACUCCCUGCGUCGUUCCUGAAGAUGCCAUGGCGUUCCGUGAUUCCGAAGCUGUUGCCUGCAGAGGUUGAGACAAGAGAACCUGGGAUCUGUAAGAAGAAUCCCCACAUAAAGGUCUCGAUUCCAACACUUUGGAGUGGUGUUCCCGUAUCGAGUUUUCGUACCGAGGAGGAGCUGCCGCAACGAGUGUCCGCACAAUCGACUGGGGUAGCGAUAAUGCGGGUACCUCUCUACAGUGGCAAACACAUAUGGCGAGUUCGUCUGCUUAACAGUUGUGCGCAUUUUGCUGUGGGCACCGUUUCGACAUUGUCCACCACCGAAGAUGCCAAUUUGAAAGUCGUUUCGCCACAAAUUGUUGCGUGGUGGGCGUUGAAGAGUGACGGCAACACUCUUGAGGACCGUACAAAGCAGUUUGCAGCCUUUAAUGAUCAUCGCCGAUUGGUCGACAAUUUCGAUAAGUCUGGAAGUACUGUGGUGGUGAUUCUGGACACAGAGGUGGGAUCGUUGCAUUUUGCGAACGAUUUAGAAAGCUAUCGCCGUCAAACAACUCGUGUCGGCUUUCAAGACCUGCGAUGCGAUGCUGCAAUGUUCCCAGCCUUGUGGAUGCAAGCACCGGGCUGUGCGGAGAUCGAAUGGAUCGAGAGUCUGCCUCGUCCGUCGAUCUCUGCGCCUGGUCAGAGCGGGUGUACUUCGCAAGUAAACAAUGCCUCCAAUUUAAUAAACUUGCUCAGCCAUGUUAGACAACAGCCCAACAACAACUAAGGCAUGAUCAUGGUGGUGUGUGUGAUGGUUCUUCUACUUUGGACUGCCACUUUUUCAAGACUUUUUGUUUCUCCUAACACAUGGUAUUACGGCCUUCCUUGAGGAAGACGGAAGGAAGAAGGAAGAAGGAAGAAGGAGGUGGCUUACCUGGGCUAUGGGGGACUGUAUCUUCACUCUCCUUGGGAGGCCCCCAGUGGGGGUAACGGAGUGAGGAAGACUCAAGAGGGUGCUGCAGGCUACGGUAGGUGGUGGAAGUGGAAGGGCUACGAGAGCUUCGCAAUGUCCUUUGAACAUCUGGGCUAGGUGUGGAUGCUUCCGCCAUAGCCAGAACUUCAACCAAGUAGCGGUAGGACGUGUAGUUGGUCAAUCAUUAUGGUGACUUCUUCUGAUGGCGACAGUAAGAGGGAGAUUCAGACAUUGACUGCGGUUCAUUCGUUCAUCGUUAUUGUUAUUAUCAAUAUUGAUUAAUAAGAUGUUGAGGGAGAUGUAAUCAACUCAGUUCAUAGACAUACAGCCGCGGGCUAGGGUUGUCGCUCUCGCUCAAAAAAGCCAGAAACAAGGGCGAAAAGUCGCGUCCCAAGUCUGAGAAAUGUCUGAGAGAGGGCCUACGUGAGUUGGUUGACUCUUGGAGAAUCAAGAGUCAGACCCAGC